ACCGGCACCGCCACCACUAAACGGCGGAAAAGGCAAAACGAAGCCACUCACAAGAAUCCCCGCUCCACCACCCGAAAACCCUUGCCUUGCCAAAUCUCUCUCUCUCUCUCUCUCUCUCUCUCUCUCUCUCUCUCUCUGGGGAGUUGUGGGAUUAGGAGGAAUGGAUUUUCAGGUGGUAGUACUGGCCGGCGGCACUUCAAAGGAACUCAUCCCUCUUGUUUCAAAUGAGGUUCCCAAAGCCCUACUGCCCGUUGCGAAUCGCCCCGUUCUGUCUUACGUUCUUGAGCUUCUGGAGCAAAAUAAUCUCAAGGACCUCAUUGUUGUAGUUGAAGGUGAAGAUGCAGCUCUUAGAGUUGGUGGUUGGAUAUCCAGUGCUUAUGUUGAUCGCCUGCAUGUUGAGGUAGCUGCAGUCCCUGAGGAUGUUGGGACAGCUGGUGCUCUUCGGGCCAUUGGUCACCACCUGACUGCUCAUGAUAUCUUGGUUGUGAGUGGUGAUCUUGUUUGUGAUGUUCCUCCUGGAGCAGUGGCGGCUGCUCAUAGACGGCAUGAUGCUGUGGUUACUGCAAUGCUUUGCUCUGCUCCUGUCAGUGGUCCAUCAGAUUCAGCUUCCUCUGGUGGAAAGGACAAAGCCAAGAAACCAGGACGCUAUAAUAUUAUCGGGCUGGAUCCCACAAGGCAAUUUAUGUUGUUCAUAGCAGCUGGAGCGGAGGUUGAGAAAGAUGUUAGAGUUCAGAAGAGCAUCCUCCGUGCAGUGGGGCAGAUGGAAAUUCGUGCUGAUUUGAUGGAUGCUCAUUUGUAUGCUUUCAAGAGGUCUGUUCUUCAAGAAAUACUUCAUCAAAAAGAAACUUUCCACAGCCUAAGGCAGGAUGUGCUGCCUUUUCUGGUCAGGAGCCAGCUAAGAUCUGAAUUAUCAUUGGAUGGAGCUCAAGCUGAAGAAAACGGGAAUGACAAGGCUGCUUCAUUAGACAACAAAGUAAUGUUGUCUCAUCUUAUGGCUAAUGCAUCUUCCCAAAGUUUCCAUGAACAUGGUGCCAUGGGUCCUAAUGGUUUUGUUCCCUUUCCAAGGAAAACCCAUAAAUGUUGUGUUUAUAUUGCAAGCAAGAGCAAGUAUUGUGCACGCUUGAAUUCCAUUCAAGCUUUCAGUGACAUAAAUCGAGAUGUUAUAGGAGAGGCAAGUCACCUGUCAGGCUAUUCCUUUUCUGCUCAUAACAACAUCAUCCAUCCUUCUGCAGUGCUUGGAUCAAAAACCACCGUGGGGCCACAAUGCAUGCUAGGGGAAGGUUCACAAAUGGGCGACAAGUGCAGUGUGAAACGAUCUGUUCUUGGACGUCACUGCCGGAUAGGUUCCAACGUAAAGGUUGUCAAUUCAGUUAUUAUGGACCACGUCACCAUUGGUGAUGGUUGUUCGAUUCAAGGCUCUGUUAUAUGCAGUAACGUACAACUCCAAGACCGCGUUGUACUGAAAGAUUGUCAGGCUGGAGCAGGUUUUGUGGUAAGUGCUGGGAGUGAAUACAAGGGGGAAUCCUUGGCGAAGAAAUGAGGAAUUCCAAUCUUAACCCUUUGGAAUAUUUUUGUAGUGAGAUCAACGGUUAAACUUGAUCUGAUAAUAAAGAAAAUGUUAUGAUGUUGUUAGUUUGACUUACCCUUGACUGUUGAUUUAUGGUAGUAGAUUGAAGGGUUGUUUUGUGUAUAUGUUGGUUGUCUGAACUCUACCUCAGUUUUGUAGUAUUAGAUAAAGAAUUACCUCAGCUUAGCUCAUAGUGAAUUUGUGUACAAUACUACUUCAUUCAAUCACUUGAAAGCAGACAGUAGGUGAUUUACUAA